CUUGUCUUGUAUUAGAAUGGAUUCUUGGAUUUUCAUCGAACCUGAGGCACUACUGGUUGUGCAUGCGUGUGAGCCCAGAGGCAUUACCGCAUCCCCAGGAAGCGAGCUGUGUAACUAGAAUUACCCCGCAUUUGAGACUGACUCUGUUAUGUUAUAACCCUUGACGUAUAACCCAGCCAUCCACCCCAUCGUUCAAAACUGAUUCUCCCCGGGUCCUCUUCUAUUGGAACUUAUCUCCGUAACAGGUUCGCAUCCCACGCAACGCAACAUGACCACUCAAAUGGACCUUCCCGACACCAUGCGUGCCGUGGUCUUCCGCGGUCCAUAUGAGGUGGCCGUUGAGGAGCGGCCCACCCCCAAGCUACAAACCCCUAAGGAUGUGAUCCUCAGGGUGUCUACCUCGGCUUUAUGCGGCUCCGACCUGCACUUCUACCGCGGGCACCUGAAAUGCCCCACCAAUUUCAUCUGCGGUCACGAGUUCGUCGGCACCAUCGCGAAGAAAGGCGAGGAGGUGACCGAGUUCGAGAUUGGCGAUGAAGUGGUGGUCCCCUUCUACGCGACCUGCCAGGAAUGUUACUACUGCGUGCGUGGACAGGCCAGUCGAUGCAGCCAGGGCUUUUUGUUCGGCAACUCGGCCCCGGCCAACACAAUCGAUGGCGGCCAGGCCGAGUACGUGCGAGUGCCUUUGGCUUCCACCACUCUCGUCCCCAAACCCUCCACCAUCCCCGACCAUAUGCUCGUCCUCAUGGCCGAUAUUUUCCCCACGGGAUACUUCGCUGCCUCCCGAUUCCUCGCCAAUCUGACCCAACGCGACCGUGACGAAUACACCGUGGCCAUCGUGGGCUGCGGCCCCGUGGGCCUCUGCACCAUUGUCAGCGCACUCACCAUGGUUUCCAAAGUCUAUGCGAUAGAUUCCGUGCCCGAACGCCUCGCUGAAGCAGAACGCCUCGGGGCGAUCCCUCUCCCUCUCUCCUCUGAUCCGGUCGCCAAGAUCCGCUCCGUCACUGACGGCCGUGGCGCGGACGUGGUCAUUGAAGUAGUCGGUCACGCCGACGCCUUCAUGAUGUGCUUUGACAUGGUCCGCCCAUGGGGCACAAUCCACUCCAUCGGGGUGCACAGCGAGAUGCUACCGUUGAAUGGGCAGCUGUGCUACGGCAAGAAUGUCACCAUGGCGUUCGGACGCUGCCCCGUGCGCAGCAUCUUUGAUGAAGCCCUGGCCGUCUUUCAGAAGGUGUACCCCAAGUUGGAGUUCCUCUGUAGCCACGUCGUGCCCCUCGAGGAGGCUCCACAGGCGUACCGGGACUUUGAAGCGCGAAAGGCACACAAGAUUGUCUUUCGGCAUGGGAGGGUGAGUUCGUAGUGCACGGUGGCUCAGUAGUCACUCUUUUAUUGAAAGCUGAGCGCGCGCUGGGUAUGUACAUGAUGAAGCUUUGGAUAGGGAAGUGGAGAGAGGUUAGGGCUGGAUUGGAAGUUACUGUAAAUCAUGAAUUGUGCCAGAAAUAACCAUCAACAUUCUCAUC